UUCCACUGCGGCAGCCGGGUCCCGGCGGAGCCCGCCAGCCCCCCGGUCGCGUCUCCGAGUCGCAGCUUUCCGGGACAACGCUCACCACUCCCGGAUGCGCCCAGCCCACCACUCUUCCCUGGUCUCGGUCCAGGAUUCCAUCCAGGAGACCGCGUUACGUUUAGCUUUCACGGCCUCUUGCAGAGCUGGUGCUGUGCUGAAUUUUCAGCCUUCAGCCUGAUCCCACCAUGCCUUCUGAGACACCCCAAGUGGAAGAGAGGGCUGCAGGGUGCCCCCACCUCUCAGGGGCACACUUGGGGAAAGGGAGCCUUGAAAAGGGGCCUCCGGGGGACAAGGAAGCCAAAGAGCACGUGUGGAUCCGUCCUGAUGCCCCGAGCAGGUGCUGCUGGCAGCUGGGCAAGCCUGUCAGCGACUCUCCACAUCACCACGCUGCCCUGGCAAAAUCCCCCCAAAUCUUGCCAGAUAUCCUGAAGAAGAUUGGGGACACCCCGAUGGUGAGGAUCAACAAGAUUGGGAGGAACUUUGGCCUGAAGUGUGAGCUUUUGGCCAAGUGUGAGUUCUUCAACGCGGGCGGGAGUGUGAAGGACCGCAUCAGCCUGCGGAUGAUCGAAGACGCCGAGCGCGAGGGGACGCUGAAGCCCGGGGACACGAUCAUCGAGCCGACCUCGGGGAACACAGGGAUCGGGCUGGCUCUGGCUGCCGCUGUGAAGGGCUACCGCUGCAUCAUCGUGAUGCCAGAGAAGAUGAGCACGGAGAAGGUGGAUGUCCUGCGCGCCCUGGGGGCUGAGAUCGUGAGAACUCCCACCCAAGCCAGAUUCGACUCCCCCGAGUCACAUGUAGGGGUUGCCUGGAGGCUGAAGAAUGAGAUCCCCAAUUCCCACAUCCUGGACCAGUACCGCAACGCCAGCAACCCCCUUGCCCACUAUGACAUCACGGCCGAGGAGAUCCUGCAGCAGUGUGACGGGAAGCUGGACAUGCUGGUGGCUUCCGCGGGCACGGGCGGCACCAUCACGGGCAUCGCCAGGAAGCUGAAGGAGAAGUGCCCGGGGUGCCAGAUCAUUGGGGUGGACCCCGAAGGCUCCAUCCUUGCAGAGCCCGAGGAGCUGAACCGGACGGAGCAGACGGUCUACGAGGUGGAGGGGAUCGGCUAUGACUUUGUCCCCACAGUGCUGGACCGGACGGUGGUGGACAAGUGGUUCAAGAGCAAUGACCAGGACGCCUUCGCCUUCGCCCGCAUGCUGAUCGCGCAGGAGGGGCUGCUGUGCGGUGGCAGUGCCGGCAGUGCCAUGUCCGUGGCCGUGAAGGCCGCCCGGGAGCUGCAGGAGGGCCAGCGCUGCGUGGUGAUCCUGCCCGACUCCGUGCGGAACUACAUGUCCAAGUUCCUGAGUGACAAGUGGAUGUUGCAGAAGGGCUUCAUGAAGGAGGAGGACCUUACAGUGAAGAAGCCAUGGUGGUGGCACCUCAGAGUUCAGGAGCUGAGCCUGUCGGCUCCGCUGACAGUGCUGCCCACGGUCACCUGUGAGCACACCAUCGAGAUCCUCCGGGAGAAGGGCUUCGACCAGGCGCCCGUGGUGGACGAAUCGGGGGCCGUCCUGGGGAUGGUGACUCUGGGGAACAUGCUGUCGUCCCUGCUCGCGGGGAAGGUGCGGCCGUCGGACCAAGUUCGCAAAGUCGUCUCCAGGCAGUUCAAGCAGAUCUUCCUGACGGACCCGCUGGGCAAGCUCUCACACAUCCUGGAGACUGACCACUUCGUCCUGGUGGUCCACGAGCAGAUCCAGUCACGGGACCUGGCCUUGUCAGGAGUGGUGGGGGGGCCAGCAGACCACAGCCACCGGGAGGCCAGUAAGAGGCAGACAGUGUUCGGGGUUGUCAGCGCCAUUGACCUGCUGAACUUCGUGGCCACCCGCGAGCGGAACCAGAAGACAAAGCCAGGAAGCACCUCAGAGCCCAGAGGCAUGGGGGCCGGGGCCCAGCCCGCCCCGUGACUGCUAACCGCCUGCCGCCGGGCACGGCUCUGUCGCGACCGGUAGCAGAAAGCAGGUGUAGGACGCUUAGCGCGGAGCCCGGGGCCGGCAGAAAGGUUAGGCUUCCCCUGCCAACGCCUGGCUGCCUGAAAGAAUCUAUUUAUGGUUUUUUCCAUCAGAUGUGUUUUUCUUUAACUUUCUCCUAAAAAUGUUCCCACAAGCAAGUCUAUUCAAAGAGAGCUCAGCCGGGCAGGUGGGCGGUGGACCCACAGCAGGACCAGGGCGGGGGAGGAAAGGCAGAGGAAAGAGCCUUUUCCAGGAGCCCAGGACGGGAGCCGCAGAAAGGGGCUGAGGAAGGCUGGGUCGGCUCAGCGGCCCUUCUCAGCGCUGUCCCCUCGGGGCUGGGUCGGGUGGAGUGGCUUGAGUGUUUGGAGGUUUUUAAAUUGAGAUGACAUUCACAUAACCUAAAAUAAUCAAUUUAAAAUGUAUACUUUGGUAGCAUUUAUGACACUCCCAGUUAUUGCACAGCUCUGUCGGGUUCCAAAACAUCCCCCGCAGUAAGCAGUCACUCCCCUCCCCUCCUCGCCCCCGGCCGCCGCUCGUCUGCCCCUGUCUGUCCCCACGGGCUUACCUGCCUUGGAUAGUUCAUAUAAAAGGAAUCGUACAAUCUGUGA